CUCUCUCCCUCUCUCUCUCUCUCUCUCUCUCUCAUCUAAUGUCAGCCACGCUUUCACCACACAGGAACACCGACAAGAGUAAUUUGCGAUAUCUACGUGAAUAGUUUCGAUUCUAUCUCGGUUGAUAACAUGGCAAGUUAUUUUUCAUUUCUUGAUAUCCUUAUCUGUGUAAAGAAAGAGAGUUAUUAAUUUCAAAUAUUUAUACAUCAAGAUAAAUUCAAAGUAACUGGCUUCUUUUUCCUUUUUUCUCUCUACAUACUGCUCAAUUAUUCUUUCUUUCUCAAAGUUAAUUCACUGUUUGCUCUGUAAGGUUUUAAAUAAUUGAUGAAUAAAAACUGAACAAAGGACCAUUUAUCAGCAUUUUUUAUCAGGGAAAUGGUUAAUGAUGGUGAAUAGUAUAAAAAUAACUCUAACAAAGAAGUUAAAGUACCAAUUAUAUAUAAAUAUUGAAAUUCUGAGUAUACUACAUUAUAUAUUAAGAGCAGUGCAAGCAAAUUAAUACUGGUUCCAUAUCAACUCUGUCGAUAUUUUGUUAUAUUAUACAGCAUAUAGUGUAUAAAAAAGUAUCCUUAUAAGUUACAGUUACAAACUAACAUGUCAGUAAUGAUAAAAGGUAAUAGGAAACAAAAAAAGAGAGAAAGUUAAAUUAAAUAUUACUCAAAUAUCUUUCAAUAUUUCUUAUUUUAUAUUUUACUUUAGGAUUUCAUUGUUAAUGUUCAUCUGAGACAAAGUUGGGAAGAUCCACGAUUGAAGUUUUCAUCCAGGGGUUUAAAUGUUACAAAAAUGUCUUUAAAUAGUCAUUUAUUGGGUAAUAUUUGGGUACCAGAUCUUUUUUUCCCGAACGAAAAGGAAAGUAAUUCACACUGCGUAACUGUUCCUAAUCGACUUAUAAGAAUCUAUGAGAACGGAACUGUUUUAUACGCUUCAAGGUUUACUUUAAAAAAUUCUUGUCAUAUGGAUUUACAAUACUUCCCAUUCGAUAAUCAAAAGUGCUAUUUAAAGUUGGAAAGCUGUAAGUACAUAUAUGUUUACAGAUAGGCCUAUUGGAAUGUUAAAUAAUUGCAGAAGCCUGUAAACUAUUUUAGCUAAAGUAAAACUCUUCUUUAGAUAAAUACAGCCUAUCUAGAGUAUAGAAACUAUAUAUAUUUAUAUUAUUUAACAAUAUAUAAUCCUUUCUAUUUUUAUUCAUUAGUUGGAUAUUCUUCUGAAGAACUUCAAUUCCAUUGGCGAGAUUCUAAUCCGGUACAGAUGAACACAGAUCUAGAAUUACCUCAAUUUGACUUAAUUAGCUAUUCUACCGAUGAAUGCCACAAGUCUUAUAUAACGGGUGAUUUCACUUGCUUACGAGUAAAAUUUAAUCUAAGACGUCAUUUUGGAUACUAUUUGAUACAAAACUUCAUUCCAUCUUGUCUUAUUGUUGUCCUCUCGUGGGUAUCAUUUUGGAUUAAUAUCGAUGCUGUUCCUGCCAGAAUUUCAGUUGGAACACAGAGCGUUGGAGUUUGGAUGUCUCUUCCAAGAGUAUCCUAUGUCAAAGCUAUUGAUAUUUGGAUGUCUACCUGCGUUAUGUUUGUCUUUAUGGCUAUGCUAGAAUUUGCAGUUGUCAAUACACUGGCAAGAAAGGAAAUAAGAAAACUAAGCAAAAGAGCGUAUGAUACCUACAAAAGAGAAAAUAUUCCUAACGACUUGAUCAAAAGAUUAUUGGACGAGUAUGCUUAUGCCGCUUCUCAACAACGUAUUAUCAAUGGUGACAUAUCAGCUAAGGGUAGGCAUCCUUGGCAAGUAUCUUUACAAAGGAGAAACGACGAAGGAGAAUUUAGGCAUUCUUGUGGAGCGUCUGUAAUAACGAACCGAUGGAUUUUAACUGCAGCUCAUUGUGUCAUGCUUAACGAACAUCCUGGAAACUAUUCUGUGAAGAUAGGAAUGUUUAACAGAACCGCUAAUGAUUUUGAGCAGUGGCUUGCUGUAGAAAAAAUAAUUGAGCACGAAAACUUUACUUUAACCUUCCUUACUGGCUUACCAGACGAUAUUGCUCUAAUUAAAACGACUGAAGAUAUUGAUCUCGGAAACGAAUUCAUAUCUUCAAUUCAACUAGCCGAACCAGGAAGUUCCUGGGUUAACAACAGUAAUUGUUAUAUAUCAGGCUGGGGAAGAGAUGACAGAGAGACGUAUAUACCAGCUCCAGUACUUCGAGAGAAAAACAUUCCAGUAUUAUCUAAUAAAGAGUGUUCCAGAAGAUACGAUGAAUCUAUAAUUGGACAGGUAAUUCCAAUUUUACCAGCACACGUUUGCAUGGGAGGUGACGACUUAGAUCCGGAUGUCCACGCUUGUCACGGUGACUCUGGAGGUCCUCUUUCCUGCGAAAGAAACGGUGAAUGGUUUCUAGUUGGUGUUGCUAGCCGUACGGGUUCCCCUGAUUGUUCCGAUUUGCCUUCCGUUUACAUCAGAGUUCCCCACCAUUACAAAUGGAUUUUAGAAACAAUGGCAGAGAAUUAA